AUGGAUUAUUACAGCAACGGUCACGCCAGAAAUGCAUUCGGUCCUUUCCAUCAACAGACUCCCACCACGACUCUCCCUCACGUCCGUGGACAACUUGCCAACGUCUCGCCGCCUAACUUGUACGGCGGCGUCGGGGAGCUUCCCUAUCCGUACCUGCAGCACCACUACAGCGCCCUUGCCAACCCUAUCACACCGCCCACGCUCUCUCCUCCGCCCGAGAAACCCCUCACGCCCCCAAUGGAACCGCACACAUCGCCCUGCAGCAGCCGGACCUUUGCUGGGCCAAGCAACCCAACGCCUUCGCACAGGACCCUUCAGCAGCGAAGGCGCAUCGCUUCUGCUCUCGUCAGCACGUCAGUCGGUGGUCGUCGCUGUCGACGAUGCCGCUGCCCCAACUGCCAGGACGCCUCACGAAGCAGUACAGGCGGCAAGAAAAGGGAACACAUCUGCCAUGUCCCGGGAUGUGGCAAGCUGUAUGCCAAGACGUCCCACCUGAAGGCACAUCUGCUUUCACACAGCGGAGAGCGGCCUUUCGUGUGUCAGUGGAUGUACUGCGACAAGGCGUUCACUCGCUCCGAUGAACUCCAGCGUCACCUCAGAACGCACACGGGCGAAAAACGUUUCCAGUGUGGCGAGUGCGGAAAACGUUUCAUGCGAUCCGACCACUACAACAAGCACGUCAAGACUCACCAGAACCGACGCGCCCGUCUUGCCCCUGCUUCUCCUGCCGAAGGUGAUCACGUCGACGUCGAGUUGUGCGAUGAAGUUGCCAUCGAUUCUAGCGGGGACUUUGGCUCCUUCGCAUUGCCAGAUUCUCCCGUUUCUGAAGCAGAUUUGCAGGAGUCUGAUUUGGACGUCGGAGGUGCGAUGCAGGAUGGAUAG